UUCUUCAUUGGUUGGUGGAUUAUCAUCGAUGCCGCAGCUAAAGAUCCUUUUGAGCCUGCCUAUCACACACCUGGAGCCAUAGCCUCCUUUGCUUUGUUCAUGUAGGUUUUUUUACAUUUAACCUAGUGUUUUUUCUGAACUUCAAUUUAAAGCAUGGGAUGGUUCCUUUUUCAGGGACAUUCUGAGAUAAGAACUUGUAUCUACAUCAGUUUCUUUUUGUAAAACUUGUGACCUUAAUUUCUCAUUUUCUCUAUAUGUAAUAAGCACUCUUUGCUUCUUCUACUUCAUGUACAGCUCCAUUUUGUAUCCAUAACAUGUUUUCCAAACUCAAAUGUUGUAUUGUGUUCUUCAAAUGUUUGUUAAUUUUCUAACGGCUGGUAAAAAUUUUAGUUCUGAAAAAAUAAUAAUUUUCAAUGAAUUUUUCCUUGUAGGGUAAAUGCAGUUUCCAAUGCCCAGGUCAGAGGUGAAACCUACACCACGGGGUGUAUAGGACAGACAGGCAAGUUUGAAUUCAAGUAACCUUAGCCUGUGAACAGGCUGUCUGUUUUGGGGUGGGGUGAAAAAAUCGCGAGGAGAGGGAAAGAAAAGGGUGAGAGCCUGUGGACAAACAUUUGAGGUCGCUAUUCCGCCUUCUUGUCUUGUAAUUGCCGAUCAUCUGUCAGCAAGAUCGUUAUCUGUCACUUGGAUAUAUUGGAAUGUAAUCAAUUUCGUGUGUAAAAAAGGGGUUGGUAGGCAACGCACAACUUUUACCUUGUUCCAAAAUGCUGCUUUUUCGAGAUUUUUCUGCUCUGGAGGGUUUAGUUUUAAAUGAGAAAAUGUGAUUUUUGCCGCUUAUUUGAGAGGUUGUGACAUGCAUAUUGAUGUUCUGUGGUUAUUGUUUCUGGUCGGCGUGAUUUGCCCUCUGAUGCAAGAACGUUCAUUGUGGCUAAAAAAGCUCAUCAGUCAAGAGCCAGAAGACGCCAUGUUCAAGAUCAGAAGACCUGUUUACAAGCGAUUAUUUAAAUCAAAUCACAUGCUACCUGCCGACCAAAAAAAGCAAUGUAAAUCAAACCUGUCGUCAGUCAGUGUUCUCACCAAUGGGAGCUUGCAUCAGGAUCUGAUGCACAGCAGGUGCCAUGGAACGACAGUCCCAAAUGUUUGUCUACAGGCUCUCACCCUUUGCCUUCUUUCUGCUCGUGAUUUUUUUCACCCUUUCCCCAAACAGAGAGCCUGUUCACAGGCUAAAGUAACCCCAAAAGUGACCAAAAGCAAUUUUCUUCCUAAUGAUAUUACAUUAUUAAGAGAUAAAAGGGAAAAUGCCUUGAUCUUUUAUCAAAUUCUCUCAACUUAUUCUUUAAGGAAAUGUAUGGAGAACAGUCUCGAGAAUUUGUACAUUAAGAUUGAGACUUAAAGGGUUAAUUUCUUAUCAGUAAAGAUGAGCUCAGAUGAGUAUUGUUUUAUUUCUUGCAAGGUGGUUGUAUUUAUGUGCAUUAACACAGCCAAUAAUUCUUAUGUGAAUUCAAGCCAAUAUAAUUUUCUUUUCAAACCCAAAUAUUGAAAACGACAAUAUUUGCAUGGUAGUUGUGUUAAUCCACCUCUAAAAACUUUGUCUUCUGCAGGUGUAUGAUACAAAUUUAAAGUUCGACAGACUGCUUUAUAAAAGUGAUAUUGGUCUCCUUACUUACCUAAUAAAACUACAGUGGAAACCCACUCAAUGGACACUUUCGUUUGUCUGAAAAUCUCAUUGAAAAUCUCCCUUGGUAUCUUAUUUCCUUAUAUUAAUUGAAGCAGGAUUGUGCUAGUAAUGACUUUACUACUAAUAAUUUCCAAAUUAUUAUCUAUUUUGUGACUAAUGUCUUGACAGGUGCCAGGGUGUGGCUAUUGAUGGGAUUUGUCCUGUUAUUUGGUAGCUUAAUUGCAGCCUCCUGGAUUCUGUUUGGUUCUUAUGUUGUUCCAGGUAAUGUCACUAAUCAGGGAUGUUCAUCACAAUAAAUUAUAUGCAUGGCACAAAAUUAGAAAAUGUUGGUUGUUUACUGUCACAUGGACAAUCUGGCCGGUUCACAGUUUGGCCAAACAGUAAGCAAAAUUCAUGAUAAAUUAGUAAAUUUUAUUCUGAAAUCGCAUUUACCAUUUCUACAGAUCAGUUCCAUUUUAGCGAAAAAGGGCCACGAAAGCCUGAAACUGUUAUCAAAGAUGGCUAUGAAGAAAUAGAACACAAAUUUCCAUUUGGAACAUUCUGACUGAGAAAACAAGACUACCUUUUCAGAAGUUCCAUUGCUUCUGGAAAUUUUCCUCUGGAACAACCCAAAAAGUCAUGUCCAUUUACUUUCCAACUGGAUUUUCUUUGUAAAUGGUAAACAUCCACUCUGUCUCAUUCCAUGACUGCAUUUGAAUUUGUGAGCACAGUUCUUCUGAUUAGGUUUGUUAGUUUGCUCAAAUCGGAUGACUGCUAAUUGUAAAUUACUCAUAUGAUUUCAGACCAAUUUGGACUUCACUCAGGCCUGUUACCACUAUAAUUCACGUGUAGGGUAUUUUUAACCUCAAUUUCCUUCUUGCUAAAAUGGACAGCUAGAUUGUCCCUGCCUAUGUGGAGGUCUCUCUAAGAUGGACACAUAGUUUCAGCUAGGUCCCAAAGGCGUUUGUCUUAGAGUCUUAGUUUACUGUGGUUACAUGUAGUUCUUAUUAGAUAUGGUUUUAAGGUACAGUAUAUACCACCACCCUGACCGCUCCCUUAACACCACUACCUACAUGUAUGGCAAUCCCAAAUCACAGUCACCUCAGGCUAACAAUAAAUCUUACUGGCCAACAUCAAUUCAUUGUUACAUUUCCCAUACAUCAUCAACCACUAAAACAAUAACAACAACAAUCAAGCGAAAAGGUUAUGAGAAUGGCAUGUAAUGAAAUGACCACCAAUGGAAAAAGAGGCUUUGAUCUUUUAUCAAAUUCUCUCAACUAGUUGUUCAAAGAAAAUUUAUGGAGAUCAGACUGCAGAGUUGACAUGUGAUUUUAAGGGUUUGCACAUGCAGGAAUGUAUACAGCACCCAUUGGAAGUGUGCAUACAAUAGGGCCGUUUAUACGAGGAAAAAUAAGACGUAUCUUAAAUAAGACGCAAACUUUCUGUAUAAACGGCACAUUUUGUCUAAAAUAAGAUGCGACUUAGCUAAGACAUGUCUUAUUUUAUAACAGCCCUUAACACCUGUUCUUAGAUAAGACGCGUCUUAGCUAAGACGAGAAAAACUUUGCAUAGUACGCAUGCGUUAAUUAUUUUUGGUGCCCCAUGUUGGAUUGCCGUUGCUACGGGCAACAUCCAAAUGAAAACGAGUCAAGAACAGAAAUAAGAUGCGAACCAUUUAUACGAGCUGUUCUCGUCUUAGACAAGACAUGCUUGUAUAAAUGGUACUGUUUGCGUCUUAUUUAAGACACGUCUUAUGUAAGACGCGUCUUAUUUUUCCUCGUAUAAAUGGCCCUAAUGUUUCCAUGACCAUGUGUGUCAUAGUUAUCAAUACUAUUUUUGUUUUCAGCUAAACCUGACCCCUGGCCAGGUGUUGCAAUCUUCUUGCAAAAUGCUUUGAUUUUCUUCAGGCAAGUCAUUGUAUUAGUUAAACCUAAGCUCACUCUC